GUCCAGUCAGUGUCGGUGCUUACACGCACACUCUACCUUCUCUCGUGACUCUCCCCACUCUCUUCACGAACACCAAUAUAACCAACCAAACAACCGCAACACCCACUCACACGCCAUUAACACAAAUGAAGAAUCUCUGUUGUUUCCUUCUUCUUCUUCUUCUUCUAUUUCUUCAACUAUCAUUGCUUCAAUCGAGUAGUCACGACUACAACGACGCAUUAUCGAAGGCGAUUCAGUUUUUCGAAGGCCAGAGGUCGGGAUUUUUGCCGAAUGACCAACGCGUGAAUUGGCGGGCGAAUUCGGGUCUCAGUGACGGCUGGAUGUACAAUACGGACUUGACUGGCGGUUACUACGACGCCGGCGACAACGUCAAGUUCGGAUUUCCGAUGGCAUUCACCACCACAAUGUUGGCGUGGAGUGUGAUUGAAUUUGGCGAUUCCAUGCCUUCCAGCGAGCGAAGGAAUGCGUUGGUGGCGAUUCGUUGGGCUACCGAUUACUUGCUCAAAACUGUUUCGCAGCCGAAUCGGAUUUUCGUACAGGUGGGUGAUCCAAAUGCAGAUCAUAGUUGUUGGGAGAGACCAGAAGAUAUGGACACUCCGAGGACUGUCUAUGCAGUUGAUGCCCCGAACCCGGCCUCGGACGUUGCUGGUGAGACUGCAGCUGCCUUUGCUGCUUCAUCCAUGGCAUUCCGGUCAUCAGAUCCGGGUUAUUCGGAUACAUUAUUGCGUAGUGCAAUUAAGGCCUUCCAAUUAGCAGACACUUACAGAGGAGCUUAUAGUGACAAUACUAACAUUAGAGAUGGUGUCUGCCCAUUCUACUGUGACUUUGAUGGAUAUCAAGAUGAGCUCCUCUGGGGAGCAGCAUGGCUAAGGAGGGCAUCUCAAGAUGGUUCUUACCUUAGUUACAUAGAAAACAAUGGCAAAACACUUGGAGCUGAUGACAACAUCAAUGAAUUUGGAUGGGACAACAAGCAUGCUGGCCUAAAUGUUCUGGUUUCCAAGGAAGUCCUGGAAGGAAACAUGUACUCGCUUGAAUCCUACAAAGCAUCAGCAGAUAGCUUCAUGUGCACGUUAGUACCAGAAUCCUCAUCUUCCCACAUAGAGUACACCCCUGGUGGCCUCAUAUACAAGCCAGGAGGAAGUAACCUUCAACAUUCCACUACAAUUUCAUUCCUUCUACUUGUUUAUGCCAAUUACCUUGGAAAAACAUCACAAUCUCUCAAUUGUGGCAACUUAAUGGUCGGUCCAAAUUCGCUCCGUCAACAGGCCAAGAAGCAAGUUGAUUACAUUCUAGGUGAUAAUCCUAUGGGAUUAUCUUACAUGGUGGGUUAUAGUGAUCACUAUCCGCAACGCAUUCAUCACCGUGGCUCGUCCUUACCGUCAAUCAAGGAUCAUGCACAGUUCAUUGCUUGCAAAGAAGGUUCAAUUUACUUCAACUCAACAAAUCCCAACUCCAAUGUACAUGUUGGAGCUCUGGUGGGUGGACCUGGAGAGGAUGAUAAGUAUGAAGAUGAUAGGGCUGAUUUUAGGAAGUCCGAGCCUACGACUUACAUCAAUGCACCAUUUGUUGGUGUGCUUGCUUAUUUUGCAGCAAAUCCUAAUUUCAGUUAGCCGAAAACCCGGUUCAUUUUUGUGCAUAUAGUCAUCAUACUGGAUGUAGGAAAACUGGGAAAGAUCUCUCCUAUUGGGAAAAACAGAGAGGGAAGAGGCUAGUUUUCAUUUUUCAUUUUUUUUUCCAAUUAAAGUUCAAUAAUCACAAUGCCUCUUUGUGAUUUUUCAGAAAGUGACAGAAUUAAUCAAAUUGAUAAUUUUCA